UAUACCAUCACCCUCACCCACCGAUAUGCCCUCGAACGAAAAUUAUCAUAAUGGCGCCUCGAUGGAGACUGAAAAGUUGCUAAGGCGAGUCAAUCAGUCAGCAAACACGUUCAACGAUUCUCAUGGCGAGGCCGACCGCCUGAAAGCACUGCGCGCGGCACAGGAACUGGUGACUGCACUCCAAAAGCCGCAGGAUGCGGUGUACAACCUCGCUUAUUCACCCACCCAUGUGAUGUGUGUUAGGAUCGCCAUCGAUCUGGAUAUUUUCACCACCUUGAGCGAAAGGAACUGCCCGACGACAUUGGAGGAUUUGGCGGCUGUCAAGGGCGCUGAUCCCAUCCUGACAGAACGUGUCUUGCGCAUUUUGGCCGGCAUCGACUAUGUGGCGGAGCACGAUGUGAGAGUGUAUACCCCAACGGCAAUGACAAGGCAAAUGACCGACCGUUUGAGUCUGGCGGUGGUGAAGUUCAUCUUCGAUGUCGGGAUGCCCACGCUCGCCAAAGUCCCGGAGUUUCUGCGAACGACUGAGUACCAAAACCCCUCGGGUCCUUUGAACGGUGCAAUACACCAUGCGGAGAAGAUGGACACUAUCAUCUGGGAGUGGCUCGCCACAAAACCGGGAUACCUGGACGCCUGCAACACGUUCAUGGAAGCGGAUCGGGGCAGCCGACCCAGCUGGUUGGAGUGGUUUCCGGUUCAGGAGCAACUGAUCGACGGUUUCCAUAAGGGUGACACUGGGGUGCUCCUUGUAGACGUAGCAGGAGGACGUGGACAUGAUAUUGCUGCCUUCCAGACCAAAUUCCCCAAUGCACCAGGUCGAUUGGUACUGGAGGAUCUCCCGCAGGUUCUAGAUAGUGCAGUGGUUCACCCCAAGAUUGAACACAUACCUUUCGAUCUGUUCAAGCAGCAGCCGAUACAAGGUGCGCGGACUUACUAUCUGAAAUUCAUCCUGCACGAUUGGUCGGAUGAGGAUUGUCGUCGGAUCCUGAGGCACGUCGGAGCGGCCAUGCAGAAGGGAUACUCGAAAUUGAUCAUUGAGGAAUUUGUGCUUGCGGAUAGAGAUUGUGCUAUGCUGCCUGCUAUGUGGGACUGGGAGAUGUUGAUCUUCUGCAAUAGCAUGGAACGUACGGCGGACCGGUGGAGGAGCUUGGUCGGUUCUGCAGGCUUCCGAGUAGUGAAAUUUUGGCCUCCUCCAGGGGAUGGACAGGGUAUAAUUGAAGCAGAGCUGGAGUAGAUCUGGCUCGUGUAUUUUAAGAACGCUUGUGGAGACGGCUGGGGCAGCUACUAGGCGGAGGGUGGAUGAAAGAAGGCGGAAGGAAGGGAGAACUUGGAAGGGAGGCAGCGCAAAACCCGAUGUUUGGAGGAGCAUCAAGACUAAGCCGCAAGGAGUGAGUGAAGCUACCUCCGCAGAGACAAACGAGUUAAGAAGAGAAUGCCAUGGGUAUAUUGAUAUUAUUAGCUCAUCCAGGCAAUGCAGGCAUUAGCCCCAUUAAUAUGUAGCCUAAGUAUGCAUCAAAGUAGAGAUGUUCGUUCGAGCACGGAAAACAGCACUUGACCGGAUGCUCAGGUAUUAAUUACAGCUUCAUGUCUCCUCCACCCCAACGGAACCGACCCUAGUCCGAGGAAGGACACCAGUCAUAGUAUCCAUUCACGUUGUUGC